UAUGGGCAGUAUUGGCCAACGAAACGCAGUCGUCGAGGUAUAUCUUCAUUUUACGGAACGAGCUUCACUGUUUGUCAAAGAACAACUCCGAGAUGAAGGAUCUUCUGGUUACCGUCAUCAUUUUGCUAACGGUCGCAGCUGCUCGCGCGGACUUCAAGAGCAGAUACAUAGAUGGAGUGAAGGACUCGAUCGAACCCUGUGCGAAAGAAAAUGGCCUAACUGGACAGAGCCCAGAAGAUAUAUUUGACAAGGAUUCAAGUACAGGAGUGGACCAACCUUCGUGUCUACGAUCAUGCAUAUUAAAAUCGAAUGAACAUAUAAAAGAUUCGAAGUUGAACGUUGAGGUUAUAAACAAGUUCGUAAGCCACGUGUUCGCUGGGCAACCGGAUGUGAUCAAAACUCAGCAAGAAAACGUGGCAAAAUGCAUCGAAGAAGUUAAAAACGUGCAGGAAGAGUGCAAGAUGGCGUACUCUUUCAUCCAGUGUAUGAUGGACAAGUUUUAGCAAGCUAAAGAAAACUUGGAAAAUGAUUUGAUAACUAUAAUCUUUUAUCAUAGCGUUAUGACGGAAUUGUAUGUAACAAAAUACACCAUAGUUUAGAGAUGAAUAA